GCGGGCGGGCGCUGCCCCGCGCCCUUCCGCUUCCGGGUGAGCGCGGCGCCAUGACGGGCCGCGGGUCGCCCAGCCGGUUCCUGGCCGCCGUCCUGCACAACGGCGUGGGCCGCUACGUGCGGCAGCUGCAGCGCCUGCAGCUGCUCUUCAGCCCCACCGCGGCCGACGCCCGCGGCGCCAGGGAAUUCGUGGAAGAGGCGGCGCUGGAAUUUGCCCGGAAACACCCCGAUGUCGUCCUCUACAUCAGCCCCCGCCGCGGGCCGGCCCCGCUGCUGCUGGCCGAGUACCUGAACGGGACGGUGCGGGAGGAGCUGAUCGCCAGCAAGACGUGUGAGGAGAUCGUGCAGCUGGCCACCAAGCUGGCCCGCCAGUCCGGCCUCGACAUCGUCCGCAUCCGCAAGCCCUUCCACACCGACAACCCCAGCGUCCAGGGCCAGUGGCACCCCCUCACCAACAAGCCCUCCGCCCUCACCGUCCAGGGCCCGCGCCUGCGGCCCCAAUAAAGCCUCCACCCCCCC